UGCUUCUUCAGAUUUUACGUCUUUGUAUUUUGCGACUAAUUCAUAAAUCUUUUCUGGGAUAAGAUCAAUUUCACUGCGAUAUAAGAUCAUGGUCAUCAUAACUUCACAAGGAGGUAAUAAAUUUUCAGGAAUUUUUUCAAGAAUAUCAUGAGGAAAUUCAGCUUCAGGAUUUUCAACGACACUCUUAUACAUUUUUUCAAUUUGAUAAUGAGUGCAAUAACCAAGAUUAAGUUGUACGUCCAUACGACCAGGACGAAUACAAGCAGGAUCAAGAUGUUCAACAUGAUUUGUUGUCAUAAUAAUUAUAUUUCCUUCGGCCAAAAUAUGACCAUCCAAGCAUCCCAAAAAAGUCGAUAAACUAAAUUCAGCAAAUGCAUCAAUUUUAACUUUAUUAUCAUCAUCUGAAUUAUCAUCACUUUUAUCGAAAGAUUUCAUUAAAGAUGAUAACGAGGAAUUAAAUGAACCAGAAUUACUUGUACGUUUAUGAAGAACUUUUGAUUGUGUAUCAACAUCUUCAAGUACAAUAAUUUGAUUUCCUGGAACACCACUAAAUGCAGCAUUUAAUUCAUUAUCAUUUUUAAUAUCUUUAAGAUUU